AUGGCUACUGCUGCUCUACCAAAUGAUGACUUUAACACAAAUACCGAUGAUAAGUCUCUGGAAAUCUUCUCACUUAUUUGGCUCGAUGCAAAUAUAAACGUUAAAGAGACUCGAGGCACCGAACAAAAAUUACGUUCUAUUAUUAAUCAUAUCAAGAAAUUUCAAGAUAUAAAACAAUGCCAACAAUAUAUUGAACAAAGAUCACAACAAGAUCGAUUAAUACUUAUUGUUAGCGGUCGAUUGGGAAGAGAAAUAGUACCUGACAUUCAUCAACUUCGACAAGUUAUAUCAGUUUAUGUUUAUUGUAUGGAUGAAAAGAGUAAUGAACAAUGGACUUUCAAAUUUUCCAAAAUAAAAUCUGUUGUUGUUAAUCUUGAUGAACUUAUCUCUCAAAUUACGGCAGAUUAUAAAUUUCAGGAAAAGGUAGAAGAACCAUUAUCAAUCAAUAUUUUCAGUACAAGUGUUGAUGCAGGCAAAUCAACAACAGGAGUUAAUGGACAAUUUGUUUUUUCUCAAAUUCUUUUUGAUUGUCUUCUGCGAUUAAAAUCAACUGAAAUAGACAAAAAUGAACUUAGUAAUAUUUGUCAAAGUGGAUAUGAAGGCAAUCAUAUCGAACUAAAUAAUCUUCGUGAAUUUCAACAAGAUUAUUCACCUAAUGAAGUGUUAUGGUGGUAUACAAAAGAAACAUUCUUUUAUAAAACUCUUAAUGCAGCUUUACGUACACAAAAUAUUCAUAUGAUUUUUUUAUUUCGGUCAUUUAUUUAUGAUAUUUAUCGUCAAUUACAGAACUAUCAAUCUAAGAAGUUUGAACGGGUUUAUCGAUGUCAGCUAAUGUCAAACGAUGAAUUAAAUAGUCUUAAACAAAAUAUUGGCCAGUUCAUUUCUAUAAAUUCAUUUUUCUCCACCACUGACGAACGUUCAACAGCUCUUUUUCUCCUAGGUGAUAUAAGUACACAGAUUGAUUCGGAACGAGUGUUGUUUGAAAUUGAUGCUGAUCCCAACAUAGUUAAUACAAAACCAUUUGCUAAUAUUAGUGAACAUAGUUAUUUUCCAGUUGAAUCAGAAGUUCUCUUUAUGAUUGGUUCCAUUUUUCGUCUUAAUAAUAUUUAUCGUAAUGAUGAUCAAAUAUGGAUUAUUAAAAUGACUUUAUGUAAUGAUGAUGAGCAUAAUUUAAAACAAGUUCUUAUGCAUAUGAAACAACAAAUUGAAAAUGAGGAAAUAAAUCUUAGAACAUUAGGAAAAUUAUUGUGGAAAAUGGGUAAACUUGACUUGACUGAAAAGUACUUUAAUCGUUUAUUACAAGAACUUCCACCAAAUGACCCUUUACUUAGCAGUUUAUAUGAAGAUCUUGGUGAAUUGGCAUCACAAACAAAUGACUAUGAUAUGAGUGUUCAUUGGCAUCAAAAAUCACUCGCAAUCAAAAAUCAAUUAACUGUUAAUCCAACUAUUGAAAUAAUAAACAAUUCCAUCGAAAAUGAUCGAUUAGUUCUUGUUACUACUGAUAAAUUCGGUAAACAAAUUUUUCCUUCAAUCCAUCAUUUAGGGCAAAUUUCAUCAAUAUAUAUCAACUCAGAAGAUAAACAAUGGAGAAAUGAUUUUCGCAAGUUAAAAGGUAUUCAUGUUAAAAUGGAUGAACUGAUUUCACAAAUCCGUGAAGAUUAUAAAAAUCGUCGGAAAAUAGAAGAACCUGUAUGGAUGAAUAUUUGUACAACAAUAAGUGAUGCGGGAAAAUCAACAACAGAAAUUAAUGGUCAAUUUGCGUUGUCUCAAUUAUUACUUGAUUGUCUUCUUCGAUUAAAAUCGAAUGAAAAUGAUCGAAAUGAAUUAAUUUCAUAUUGUGAAAAAGAAUAUGAAGGAAAUCAAAAUGAAUUAAAUCAUCUUCAUGAAUUUCAGAGCAGUUAUUCAUCGGAUAAUGUUUUAUGGUGGUAUACUCGUGAAUCUUUCUUUUAUAAAACAUUAAAUGCAGCUUUAAGAAAAGAAAAUAUUCAUAUGAUUUAUUUAUAUCGUUCAUUUAUUAUUGAUAUACAAAAUCAAUUACAAAAUCAUCAAUGUCAAUGUUCUACUCGUGUUUAUCGAAGUCAAUUAAUAUCAAUUGAUGAAUUAAAUUAUCUUAAAAAUAGUGUUGGACAAUAUGUUUCAGUUAAUUCAUUUCUUUCGACGAGUUUUCAAAAAGAUAUUGCAAAUUUUUAUGUCGGUGAUACAAAUCAUCGAUGGGUUGGUCUUGAAAAAGUUCUAUUUGAAAUUGAUGCUGAUCCAAAAGUUGUUACAACAAAACCAUUUGCUAAUAUUAGUCAAUUUAGUGAUUUUAGUAAUGAAUUAGAAGUUCUUUUUAUGCUUGGAUCGAUAUUUCGUUUGAAUUCAGUUAUUCGUGAUGAUGAAAAUGAAAUUUGGAUUAUUAACAUGUGUUUAUGUAGUGAUGAUGAACAUGAUUUAAAACAAAUUCUUAUGGAUAUGAAAAAUGAAAUUGGAGAUGGUGAAACAAAUCUUUGUAUUUUAGGAACAGUUGUACGAAGAAUGGGACAUCUCGAUUUAGCGAAGACAUAUUAUUAUCGUUGUUUAGAUGAACUUCCACAAAAUGAUCCUUUAGUUCUUACUGUUUACAAAGAUUUGGCUGAAAUUGCCGCUCAACAAAAAGAUUAUGAAGAACAUCUUCGGUUGAGACACAUUAUAGUGAAAAUCAAAGAUGAAGUACACUUAAAUGAUAAUGAAAUUGAGACAAGUGAAAUAGAUAAAUUGACUUACAAUAGUAAAACAAACAUCAAGGAGAAAAUAGAAUUAAAUGAUAAUGAAAUUGAAAUUGAGACAAGUGAAACAGAUAAAUUAACUUAUAAUGACACAAUACAAAAACGAAAAUCAAAACAUUAUAUUCGAAAAUCAAUAUUGAACAAAUGGAAACAAAAUCCCAUCACCGUGGCUGGUGGAAACGGAAAAGGUCAAGCAUUAAAUCAACUCCACGGUCCUCGCGGAAUCUUUAUUGAUACAAACAAAAAUAUUUUCAUUGCUGAUUUUAAUAAUCAUCGUAUUAUUGAAUGGAAAAACAAUGCAAAAGAAGGACAAAUCAUUGUCGGUGUUAAUGGGCAAGGAAAUCGUAUGAAUCAAUUGGAUCAUCCAACAGAUGUGAUUGUUGAUGAACAAAGUCAUUCGAUCAUCAUUGCUGAUUCUUUGAACAAGCGAGUAAUUCAAUGGACGAAUCAAACUCAACAAAUUCUCAUUCAAAAUAUUGAUUGUUAUGGCUUGGCAAUGGAUAAACAAGGAUUUCUUUAUGUUUCUGAUCGUGUAAAGAAUGAAGUGAGGCGAUGGAGAAUAGGUGAAUACAAUGAAGGAGUUGUAGUAGCUGGUGGAAACGAAAAAGGAAAUCAACUCAAUCAAUUAUAUGGUCCUACUUUUAUCUUUGUUGAUGAAGAUCAAUCUGUUUAUGUAUCAGAUUCUGACAAUGAUCGUGUGAUGAAAUGGAAAAAAGGUUCAAAAGAAGGAACAAUUGUGGCUGGAGGAAAUGGUGAAGGGAGAAAUCUCACUCAGUUGUCUUCACCUUAUGGAGUCAUUGUUGAUGAUUUGGGUCAAAUAUAUGUGGCAGAUCGUGGGAAUGAUCGAAUAAUGCGUUGGUGCGAAGGAAAAGGUGAAGUUGUUGUUGGUGGGAAUGGCAAAGAAAAUCAAUUGUAUGGUCCCCGUGGUUUAUCUUUUGAUGAUGAAGGAAAUCUUUAUGUAGUUGAUUUAGGAAAUAAUCGAAUUGUAAAAUUUGAAAUAAUUUUGUAA